GCGCAGCUCAGGGGGCGCUGCCACCCGGGCCGGGCCGGACACGGCGCCGCCUGCCCCCUGCAGCUUGUGCUGCUGCUGCCGGCCACAGGAGGGGGCGAACAAACGUCAACCUGUUGUUUGUCCAGUCACCCUUUAUCAACUCUCAGCACCACAAGGAAGUGCGGCACCCACACGCGCUCAGAAAGUUCAGCCUGCAGGAAGUUUAGGGAGAGCUCGGCGAUUAGCUCAGCGGGCCGGGCCAGCGCUGGGGAGCGCAGGCGGCGAGAGCGCAGGGAGGCGCGGCGUCCGUCCCGAGCAGAACCCGGUUUUUGUCUUGGAGCGAAGCUGUCCCGAAGUCGCUAAUCCCAAAUGCACCGGCUCAUCUUCCUCUACACCCUGGCCUGCGCAAACUUCUGCAGCUAUCGGGACACUUAUGCAACUCCGCAAAGCGCAUCCAUCAAAGCUUUGCGCAACGCCAACCUGAGGCGAGAUGAGAGCAAUCACCUCACAGACUUGUACCGAAAAGAAGAAACCAUCCAAGUGACAGGAAACGGUCAUGUACAGAGUCCACGCUUCCCGAAUAGCUACCCCAGGAACCUGCUUCUGACAUGGCGGCUCCAUUCUCAAGACAAAACCAGGAUACAGCUGGCAUUUGACAAUCAAUUUGGAUUAGAGGAAGCAGAAAAUGAUAUCUGUAGGUACGAUUUUGUGGAAGUCGAAGAUGUAUCUGAAACCAGUACCGUUAUUAGAGGCCGAUGGUGUGGACACAAGGAAGUUCCUCCAAGGAUAACAUCAAGAACAAACCAAAUUAAAAUAACAUUCAAGUCUGAUGACUACUUUGUGGCAAAACCUGGAUUCAGGAUUUAUUAUUCUUUUGUGAAAGAUUUCCAACCUGCAGAAGCCUCAGACACCAACUGGGAAUCGGUCACAAGUUCGAACUCAGGGGUAUCCUAUCGCUCUUCAUCAGUAACGGACUCUGCUCUCACUGUGGAGGCUUUGGACAAAAAAGUUGCAGAAUUUGAUACUGUGGAAGAUCUGCUCAAGCACUUUAAUCCAGAGUCAUGGCAAGACGAUCUUGAGAAUUUGUAUUUGGACACUCCUCAUUAUCGAGGCAGGUCAUACCAUGAACGGAAAUCAAAAGUUGACCUGGACAGGCUCAACGAUGAUGUCAAGCGUUACAGUUGCACUCCCAGGAAUUACUCCGUCAAUUUAAGACAGGAGCUGCAAUUGACCAACGCAGUCUUCUUUCCACGUUGCCUCCUCGUGCAGCGCUGUGGAGGAAAUUGUGGCUGUGGAACUGCCAACUCGAAGUCCUGCAGGUGCAAUUCAGGGAAAACUGUGAAAAAGUAUCACGAGGUACUGAAGUUUGAACCUGGCAAUAUCAAGAGGAGGGGCCUGGCUAAGAACAUGGCUCUUGUUGACAUCCAGUUGGAUCACCAUGAACGGUGUGAUUGUACCUGCAGCUCAAGACCACCUCGAUAAAAGAAUGUGCAUAAACUUACAUUGAGCAUGAAAGAACCUUUAGUUUAAGAAGGAUAUGGUAAGGGACCCUUUCCCCACCCCCAGCAACCGAAUUUGCUACUAGCCUGAAAUAUAAUGAUACAGUGAUUGCUGAGACGACCUAGCUUUGUUAGUUCUGUGGCAAGUAGAAAGGUGCAUCAUCAAUUUCUAUAUCCAAGAAUGUAAGACUGCAUUUUAUAGUAGUAUGUGAAGGAUAUAUAUGUAUACACACAAAUAUAUACAUAUGUCCAGGAUAUGUGUAAAUAGAUACAUGGUUUAUUCAGUAGGUAUAACCAGGUACACCAGAGCUUAUAUAUGGCUGAAUGAUUUAGACCCUUAAUAUUUUUCCAAAAUAAGGGUAAGGGAUAUGUCAAAUAUAUAACACACAUCUGUAGGAAAUUCAGAAGAUGAACUUUUUAUUUUAUUGAAUUUUGAAUCACAAACCAUUUUGGAUCUUGAGCCCUUAAAGAAAGCAUCUUGUAUAUUAAACACCAACAUAUAGGCUUUUCUUAGAUAUCUGCCUUAAUUAUAAAAAAGGAAAAAUAUGGUUUGUGGGAAAAAGACAAUUACCUAACCAUUUUUUCCAUGAGAUGCACUACACAUGCUUGGUAAUGUGGACUAUAGUUGACUUUCUCCAAAACCAUGCCAUAAUAAUAUGGAAAAUUUAGAAAUUAAGUCACUAAGUUCUCUUUUUAUGCAUUUUCUGAGACAUUCUAAUUCAUUUAAUAUCCAUCUCAAAAAAUAUUGUUCAGAGUGUUUAUUAUUAUGAUCCUUCAAGAGACAACUUAUAAUAAGUUUUAGCAGAAUUUUGAAUUUUUUUCUCUGCAAAAAUUCCUCCAAAAUAACAAAUCCUUUAAUAAAUGGCAUGGAGAUUAUGUAUGAACCUUUCAAAUGGUGUUCAUUAAAAAAUUUGGGCAGUUGAAAGUCAAAAACCUAAGCAUUGAAAUAUUGACAUAACUGGAAAUUAGAUGGAAUAUUUGAUAGGAUCCAUAUUUAAUAAUGGAUUCAAACUAUCCAAACUGUGCCAAUAAUUUUAUGUAUUUUGCUUUUGUGUUCCUGUCUCUUCAAUAUAUACACAUGGAUUUACAAUGGCAUUUUAUAUUUGGUGAGCCAUCAUGGAUUAUUUAUAACCUAAAAACUUUUGUAUAUUAAUAAAGCAAGCAAAUUUUAUUGAUGUAAAUCCCUAAUUAGAUCCUCACUUAACAUUCUGAAUUUCUAUUUCUGAACCAAGUGAAAUCAGAUCUGGAGUCUUCUGUUCUUUCCAAAUCUAGGGAGCCCCUUGUAAAUUAUGGGAGUAUAAAUUUUGCCCUACUACACCACUUAAAAACUGUUUUGCAUUUGUUAUUGAUAUUUGGAGUAAAAUUUUCUCUCUGACUCCUUUGUGUCUAUUUUAAAGAGACUGACUUCAGGAGUAGGAAAUGAUUCAUCAUUCUCAAAGCAAGACACUUAAGAGGGAACACUGAGAUCAACAUAGCUCAAGGGUUGCUCACAGAGGACCACAUUUUUCCUGCAGUCUUGAGAGUUAAAGGAGAGCUGAUUUCUUUUAUGAGUCCAGGGUCCUACUGACCACAAUCAGUUAGUGUGAGGGAGACGUGCCCCUACUGUUUAGGUCCUGGUGUCAGAUGAAUGGCCUACAUAUAUUGGGACUUUUAUGUACAGUGCUCUCAGACCCAAGUUGUCAGCUGUCCUCAAGUAGCUUAUUUCUUCUUGACUCUUUGAAAUAAGACCUACGCUUAUUGAUGAUGUACUUUCUAAAACUCCCCUAAAAGUGUUCGGUGUUUUUACUCAGGGAAUAAGUGGUGAAAUAAAGUACUCUGUUGUUCAGUUCUCCUAAAAUCCCAGAGCACAGUCAGAAAUAGCCCAGGCAGACAGUAAUAAUUAGGAGCCACUUCCCUUUCAGGACCACUUGCAUAUUUUCCUGGGAAAACAUCAGCUUCCUGUUCCAAAAUCAAAAUGUGUGUUAACAUCACUCACUUUAGCUUGUACAGCUCACAUUGUAGCUGUAAAUAUGAAAAAUCCUCCGUGUUCUAACCCAAUUUUCAAUAAACCUCCCAGGCUGCAAUAAACAGGAUGGUUUUCAGUUAAA